AGAGCUGUGGUAUUCAUCCACUGAUGCAGAGGGAGAAGGCGCGUGAGUGGAAAAAAUAACACCGAGUGAGAGGGAAGAAGGCAGCCAAAGCCUUUUGUCAUCUUGAGAAACCUUGAAAACAAAAAGGAAGCGGCUUCUUCCCUUAAUGGGGGACCUGUUACUGAAAUGAAGAGAAGGAUCCUGCGAGAAAAGGUGUCUCGGAAGAUGUGAGCACCUACGGCAGGCUGGAUACUUAAAGGAGGUAAGCAGAGAGGAGAAUCCGUACGGCGUUGGAUACCAGGCCAGUCUCCCCAACCGGUGAAUCAACAGACUGAGGAGGAACCAGCGGAAAGAGAAGCGAUGUCUUGGCUGUCACCCGUGUCAUGGGCCAAAUGGACAUGGACGGCGGUGCGAGGAGGCGAAGGAGAGGAGGAUGAGGAGGGGCAGGAGGAGAGGGAGGAAGGCAGUGGUGGAGAAAGAGGAGAGGAAGAGGAGGAGAGAUCUCAAGGCUGCAGCUCUGACUCAGAAGGCCAUUUUGAGACUCCUGAAGCAGCAACUCCAGUCCAUGUCCCCCUGACAGUCCCAGGAGAACUGGAGAACAAUACUGAUGCAGGCAGUGCAGAUUUGGAGCAGGAGGAACAGCUGAUUGUGACCGGUCCUGCAAGUGCUCAGGAAUUACUGCUUGACCACAACAUGGGUCAGGAUGAGCCAGUGGUCCCGCUGGGCAGCCCAUGUGAAAUAAACAAAACUCAAACAGCAGAAAACACAGAGGACCUUCCAGCAUUUUUGCCUUCUGAGCCUGUCUCAGAUUUGCCUUUGACCAAUGUUGGACCAGAUAUGGCCAAAAGCCCAGCUCCACCCUCAUUCCCAUCCCCAGAGUCAACCCCAGCUCCAUCAGCAAUCCCAUUCCUGGUCUCAGAUCCUGAUCUUGUUCCAGCUUCAGCCCCAGAUCAGAUUUCAACUGAGACCUGUGGACCUACAGCUGACAUAGGUUUAAAUGCCACUGAAAAGAGCUCUAUUUCUGGCCCAGAAACAUUCUAUAAUGGUUUACCUAGCCAGGAAGAACCAGAACAAAAGACAAAACCCAUCAAUUCCAAGCCUCCAUCUCUCAAGAUAGAGGUAUCACUGAACGAGUCGUCUCAGGAUGAUGAGGAACAUGAACUACAGGUCCCUAAGGCCAGCUACAACUUUGACAUGGACCAGCUACAUGACGACUUUAAUCCUUUCACCAGCGGCGGAUCCAAAAUCCAGAACUCUCCUCCACCAUGCUGCCCAAGCACUCUCCCUAGACUAGAGCCAAUAGGGAGCUCGUUGCCGGUUUUUGAGACUGGCACUGCAGCUCAAAUGGAAGCGGAAGUGACAGAAUCUACAGAGCCCAGGCCUGUGAAGCUUGAGUUCGGAGUGGACGAGGGGGAAGUCAGCAAGCCUCCUCCAAGGAAGUUAGGUGGGAGAAAGUCACUUGGAAAACUUCCAGCCAAGAAGCAGAAACCCAAGGGAUCAGGGACUGCCAGUAAACCAGCACCAGAACCUGCAGUAUCUCAGUCAAUCACUGAGCCAGUGUCAGAGCCAGCUGCAGAAACUGCUGUUGCUGUGGUUUCAGAGUCCUCUGCCCCUCUGGACCCGGAUGAUAUUCCUAUUACGAAGUCUGCAUAUAACUUCGAUCCCAGUCAGUGGGACGACCCUAACUUCAAUCCUUUUGGUAGCAAUAGUCAAGUAAGUACUUCUCCGGUGCUUGCCAAGACCUCCUAUAACUUUGACCCUGACAACUUUGAUGACUCUGUGGACCCUUUUAAACCACUGAAAAGCCUGAGUAAUGAGGAUUCCUUCAAUGACAUACCUCAGCCUGAGAAAACAGUUAAGGAUGGGGGGAAAGAGAAAGCACGGCUCCCGCGGGAGGAGAAGAGAGAAAGACAAUCUCCCAAGAAAAGCAAGGACAAAACAGCCACGAACUCGUGUAAAGUGAAGAAAUAUGAAAACCAGUCCUUGGUCCUUGACGUUUGCAAUCAGGAGGAGGAUGCAGUGGUGGUUCAGGCUCCAGAGGUUUCACAUCGGGUCCGUCACGCCACUGACGAGGAGAAGCUGGCUUCCACCGCCAUCAUGGGCCCGACCGCGGAGAGCCAGGGGGAGAGAGGAGACCCCGAAUGCAGCAGAAGACUUGGGAAAAGCCAGCCCGUCAGUGAUAUGCCAUUGACAGAUGAGCCUGAGAUGAAGCCAGCAGUCCACCUGGAGGAGAAGGACAGCUGCAGUAUGAAAUAUGACAUGACUGAGGAGCUUACCAUCAGCCAAAUAGCAAAAGUGUUUGGCAGUCAAGACCAAGGCCAAGACCCCGCCAGCCCCUACCAGGACAACAUUCCUCUGAGUGAGAUGGACAAGGCUGCAGUGCUCACCCUCAUCAGGGAGGAGAUCAUCGCUAAAGAUAUUGAGGCCAAUGAGUGGAAGAGAAAGUAUGAGGAGAGCAGAGCAGAAGUUAUGGAGAUGAGGAAAAUAGUUGCGGAAUAUGAAAAAACAGUUGCACAGAUGAUUGAGGACGAGCAGCAGCAGAAGAGCCUGUCCUCUCAAAAGAGUGUCGGGCAGCUGACCAUGGAGAGGGACCAGGCCUUGGCUGACCUCAACUCGGUGGAGCGCUCACUCUCUGACCUCUUCAGGAGAUACGAGAACCUAAAGACUGUCCUGGAGGGGUUUAAGAAGAAUGAGGAGGUGCUGAAGAAGUGUGCCCAGGAGUACUUGAUGCGAGUCAAACAGGAGGAGCAACGCUAUCACACCCUCAAGCUCCACGCUGAGGAGAAAUUGGACAAGGCCAAUGAGGAGAUAGCCCAGGUGCGUGCCAAGGCCAACGGUGAGGGGGUAGCACUCAAUGCCAGCCUUAGGAAGGAACAGAUGAAGGUGGAGUCACUAGAAAGAGCUGUCCUGCAAAAGAAUCAAGAGAUCGAGGAGCUCACCAAGAUCUGCGAUGAACUGAUUGCCAAAUUAGGAACAGACUAAGACGCCUUUAAUCAAGCUCUCUUGCACUUAGUCUAUCUUUUACUAAGAAGAUCUCCCUCAGCUUCAGCCCCCAUAUCUCACUAACGUGUGGCUUGUUGUAUAAAUAAUUUGCCACAUUGACACAUCAAUCUUUUGGUAUCUGCUGUUUCUUAGUUUGAAAAGUUGCAGUGAUUGAAAUAAUGAAUUUAUUGUCUACUUUGAAUAUUAUGACAAUGGAAGAAGCACAUAUUAAGAUAUAGUGAAUUGUUAAGGACAAAUGUUUUUGAGUGGCAUUAUCAAGGAUUUAAUAAUCUCACAUUAUUACAGCCACAACAAUGGCUGCUUCCAUAUACUUCUGAGCUAUAAGAUCUGUCAUAGGUAUUAAGGUAUGCUUUAGGGUUAGAAGACUCUCCAGUUUUUACUCAAAUGGUCUUCCAUCGGAAAUGUGCACACGCAAAGUUUGACCAGGAAAAACCAACACAUCGGUUGUACUAAAAAGUAUUUUUAAAACACGUGCAUAAAGUUUAUCACAUUUUAAUAGAGGUUGUUUGUUAAAUAUCUUGGGAGAUAAUAUUGGCAAUAUAAGUGCAAUACUAUACAUUAAUUCGUGGGCUAAGAACAAGACUCUUUGGCCCACAGGGAUUGCCUGUCUUACUACUUUUUUUUGCAUUCUCCAUUGCAAAGACGGUUUUUGCGCGAGCAAACAAUUUAAUUUAGCUGAUAAAUUUCACCAAACACCAAGUUAAAUAGACAUUUUAAAUGAGUUUUGAGUUUAUUUCUUCAUUACUAUUGUUUGCCAUCAUAACGUUCUGUAAUAGCUGAUACAGCACCUAGUUAUAUGUAUGUUAAAUCAGAAUUUGGGAUUUACAUCAUCUGUUGAUUUAUUUUGCAAGAAGAUCACUUAAGAAGAUUAAUCUCAUAUUCACUUAGUGGUGGAUUAACAGUACAGGAUGUGGAGAAGUAAGUUUGUUUAGAGUCCAUCCAUGUAGGUCAAAACAAACAAUUCUCACCUGAAAGCAACUACCAUGUUGGGUUUUCUCCUCUGUGGCCAUGUGGAUAUUUUAUGUAGAUAUGUCUUAUUUAACCUAACUGUUGCUAAUGUGCCUUUAUUUUGACCUUUUUUUCCAAUAUAAAGAAGUAUGGUAAUUUUGCUUUUUCCAAUUAUUUCCCUGAUACAAGUUUUGGCACACGCUUUUGCCAAAGUGUAUAUAUGUAGAGUGAAUUAUCAAAUUAUCCGGUAAAAGAUAACGCGUAAUGUUUGCAACUCUAACACUUGAUUUUGCAAUCGGUGAGCUGUUAAUCCACAUGGUGAGCGAUGUGAUGUUUGGAAUUAAAGGGCUUUUGCUCCCAAUAGCACAGUGUUUUGGAGCGUAGAGGACCCACCAUGGUCAGUUCUCUUUUAAUUUGCUCGAGUGCAUUUUCCGUUGGAUAAAUUAAAGAGAGCAAUUAAAGCAGAUUAUAGCUACGUCAUUAAACAUACAGGGAUGUGUUACGUGCAUCUUUUUUUUUUUUAGCUUUGAAAGGCACGAUAAAUGAUUGCCUCGGAAGAUUUUUGUUUCCCGAAUGAACAAUCAAAUACAAUCUACUGUUACCAAAUCAAAAAGGUUCUCACUUUGACUUUAUGUGCUGUUUUAGUGGUAUUGCGUUUGUCCCGAAGGUGCUUUAAAUGUAAACCUGAUGUUGCAGUACAAUGUGUAUAGUUUAUACUUGAUGGAAAAGGAUAUUCAUUAUUUUGCUCUUGAUAUUUGUAAAAAUAUAAGAAAUUGAAAAAAAGAAGCUCAGAAUCUAUGUUAAUUCCUAUAUUUUCUGUAUUCCUGAAUAAAUGGUAAAUAUU